AUGGAUCAAAUAAAUGUUCAACGAUGGGCAAAUUCUUUACGUCAAUUUCGUCAAAAUCAUUUUCAGUCACCGAUUAUGACCGGCGUCUAUGUAGAUAAUCAAAAUGGUCUUCGAAAUGCAUCAACAACAAUGAAAACAAAAGAAAAUGAAUCACCUAAAGACAAUCCGAAAUAUUCUUUUACAUUAGAUUUUCCAUCUUCCAAAAAAGAUUCUUAUCGUACAUUAAUAAAACCACAACUUUAUACAUUUGAUAUGACAACUAAAGAUGAAGAAAAUUUUCAUUGUCCAUCGGAUAUUCAACUUUGUGAUAAUCAAACAUCAAAUAUCAUCAUUCCAUCAUCAGAUCAUCAUGAUAUUGAUACAUUAAGUGAUUCUGGUACUUAUAUAAUUGAAGAUGAUGGUGAUAUUGCACAUGAUGAUGAAUUAGAACAAAAAAAUAAUUCUUCAUCAACAUUUAAACGAUAUGUAAAUCAAAUAAAAAAUCGUCAUGGAACAUUUGAUAUACAUCAAUUAGUAUCAUCAACAACAAAAACAAUUAAUCGUCCUAUUAUUGAUUCGAAUAUUUCAACAAAUGAAUUCAUUUCAUCAUCAUCAUCAAUUCUUUCAUUUUCAAAUGAAAAUGAUGAUAACAUACAUAAAGAAUUUGAAGAUACAUUUGAAAAUAAAUCUUCUAAUGGUCUUAUUGAUACAUCAAAUGUUUUUUUGCAACAACAAUCAAUAACAUCAUCACAAAAUCAAAUAAAACCAGCCGAAUAUUUUGUUAUUUCACCAACAUUGGAAAUAAAACCUUUUCCGACUAAAAAUAUUCAUCGACGAAAAAGAGAUACUUCACAGAAAACAAAAUUAAGAGAAAAAUCUAUUCCUAUUAAAGAUCCAAAUGUCAAUCAAUCAAUAUCUUCUCCAUUAUUAUCUCGUUCUAAUCAAAAUCCUAUAGAAAAAUAUUCAUUUUAUCUUGAAAAACAAUCACCUUCUAUCGAAUCAUCUAUUCAACCACAAACAACUAUAAAUGAACAAACAUAUCCCUUAGAAUCAUUUCAACGUAAUUCAACCAUAUGUCAAACAACAUCUACAAAUUCUCAAUAUCAACCACAGACAUCUUCAUCAUCAUCAUCAUCAUUAACAACAAAUAAUAAUGAUUGUGAUGAAAUAAAACCAAAUUUUACAAAAUUUUAUAUGAAUAAAACAUUUAUAUUACGUCAACAAAGUUCAAAUAUUUUAUCAUCAACAUCAAAACCAAUUCAACAACAGCAACAAAUUUUAUCAAAAACAUUAUCAUGUCAAAAUUCAAAAUCAACUAGAACAAUUUCAUCAAAAAUUAAUUCAAAUAGGCAGAUAAAUCGAACUGUUCAAUUACGUCGUGCACGCGCACAAGCAAAAAUCGAAGAAUUAUCUCAACGCACAACAAAACAAUUAUAUAAAAGUGAUCAUCAAAAUGAUAUAAUGGGUACAUCAUUGGAUAGUGAUGCUAGUAGCAGUAGUAAAAAAGAGUUGAUCAAUUUACGAUCAAAUCCUCAAACAACAACAAAAACAAAUAUAACAUCUCCUCGACAAGAUAUGUUAACAACACGAACAAUAUUAUCUUCAUCAAAUCAUCGAUCUACAUCCGAAAGUCCAAAACUACAUGAAGAAACACCAUCAAGAUAUCGAAAUGCUAUGAUAUCAAUUGUCACAAAUGAAGAACAAUAUCAAAAAACAAGUAUAAGCGCUUCUAGUAUUGAAGAAGAACGAUGUGAUUCAUUACGUGAUAAUGGACAAAGGUUAGCAAUUAAAUUAAUUCAACUUUCAUCUGGAAUAUUAGAAAAAUUAAAACCAAAUGAAUCUAUUACUGAUGAUGAUAUCAGCUUACGUGAAUUACAACAAAUUGUUGAUAAAUUGGAAACGAUCAAUCGAACAUUAAGCUUUAUCGAUGCAUCAUUAACCGAUCCAAGCAAUAUUGAUCGUUCUGUCUAA